UUUUCGUAAUUUUGUGGGCGUCGAGAGGCCAUUUUCUUUGGAUUUUGAAGUCUACAUAGCACGGAUUCAGCCUGAGACUAUUCUUCAACGAUGACUAAGUCCAUUAAGCACCGAUUUGGGCGGAUUUAUUCUGGGUCAAUUUUGGCAGAUUGCAAAGGGGUACCAUCACCGAUUUUGGGCGAUUUUUCCGAAAUGCCAUUUUCUUUCGAUUCUGGAGGCUACGGAUCACGAAAUCAGGCCGAGGCUAUUCUCCACCGAUAAUGAAGUCUAUUGAUCCUAUUCUCCACGGAUGAUAAGUCCAUUAAAGACAGAUUUGGGCCAAUUUAUUUUCGGAUGGCAUUUUCGUAAUUUUGUGGGCGUCGAGAGGCCAUUUUCUUUGGAUUUUGAAGGCUACAGAUCACGGAUUCGGCCUGAGACUAUUCUUCAACGAUGACUAAGUCCAUUAAGCACCGAUUUGGGCGGAUUUAUUCCGGGUCAAUUUUUGGCAGAUUGCAAAGGGGUACCAUCACCGAUUUUGGGCGAUUUUUCCAAAAUGCCAUUUUCUUUCGAUUCUGGAGGCUACAGAUCACGAAAUCAGGCCGAGGCUAUUCUCCACCGAUAAUGAAGUCUAUUGAUCCUAUUCUCCACGGAUGAUAAGUCCAUUAAACACCGAUUUGGGACAAUUUAUUAUGAUAUGGCAUUUUCAUAAUUUUGUGGGCGUCGAGAAGCCAUUUUCUUUGGAUUUUGAAAGCUACAGAUCACGGAUUCGGCCUGACACUAUUCUUCAACGAUGACUAAGUCCAUUAAGCACCGAUUUGUGCGGAUUUAUUCCGGGUCAAUUUUUGGCAGAUUGCAAAGCGGUACCAUCACCGAUUUUGGGCGAUUUUUCCGAAAUGCCAUUUUCUUUCGAUUCUGGAGGCUACAGUUCACGAAAUCAGGCCGAGGCUAUUCUCCACCGAUAAUGAAGUCUAUUGAUCCUAUUCUCCAUGGAUGAUAAGUCCAUUAAACACCGAUUCGGGCCAAAUAUUUUUUGGAUGGCAUUUUCGUAAUUUUGUGGCCGUCGAGAGGCCAUUUUCUUUGGAUUUUGAAGGCUACAGAUCACGGAUUCGGCCUGACACUAUUCUUCAACGAUGACUAAGUCCAUUAAGCACCUAUUUGGGCGGAUUUAUUCCGGGUCAAUUUUUGGCAGAUUGCAAAGGGGUGCCAUCACCGAUUUUGGGCGAUUUUUCCGAAAUGUCAUUUUCUUUCGAUUCUGGAGGCUACAGAUCACGAAAUCAAUCCGAGCCUAUUCUCCACCGAUAAUGAUGUCUAUUGAUCCUAUUCUCCACGGAUGAUAAGUCCAUUAAACACCGAUUUGGGCCAAUUUAUUUUCGGAUGGCAUUUUCGUAAUUUUGUGGGCGUCGAGAGGCCAUUUUCUUUGGAUUUUGAAGGCUACGGAUCACGGAUUCGGCCUGACAAUAUUCUUCAUAGAUGACUAAGUCCAUUAAGCACCGAUUUGGGCGGAUUUAUUCCUGGUCAAUUUUUGGCAGAUUGCAAAGGGGUACCAUCACCGAUUUUGGGCGAUUUUUCCGAAAUGCCAUUUUCUUUAGAUUCUGGAGGUUACAGAUCACGAAAUCAGGCCGAGGCUAUUCUCCACCGAUAAUGAAGUCUAUUGAUCCUAUUCUCCACGGAUGAUAAGUCCAUUAAACACCGAUUUGGGCCAAUUUAUUUUCGGAUGGCAUUUUCGUAACUUUGUGUGCGUCGAGAGGCCAUUUUCUUUGGAUUUUGAAGGCUACAGAUCACGGAUUCGGCCUGACACUAUUCUUCAACGAUGACUAAGUCCAUUAGGCACCGAUUUGGGCGGAUUUAUUCCGGGUCAAUUUUUGGCAGAUUGCAAAGGGGUACCAUCACCGAUUUUGGGCGAUUUUUACGAAAUGCCAUUUUCUUUCGAUUCUGGAGGCUACAGAUCACGAAAUCAGGCCGAGGCUAUUCUCCACCGAUAAUGAAGUCUAUUGAUCCUAUUCUCCACGGAUGAUAAGUCCAUUAAACACCGAUUUGGGACAAUUUGUUUUCAUGUGGCAUUUUCAUAAUUUUGUGGGCGUCGAGAGGCCAUUUUCUUUGGAUUUUGAACGCUACAGAUCACGGAUUUGUCCUGACGCUAUUCUUCAACGAUGACUAAGUCCAUUAAGCACCGAUUUGGGCGGAUUUAUUCCGGGUCAAUUUUUGGCAGAUUGCAAAGGGGUACCAUCACCGAUUUUGAGCAAUUUUUCCGAAAUGCCAUUUUCUUUCGAUUCUGUAGGCUACAGAUCACGAAAUCAGGCCGAGGCUAUUCUCCACCGAUAAAGAAGUCUAUUGAUCCUAUUCUCCACAGAUGAUAAGUCCAUUAAACACCGAUUUGGAAGGCUACAGAUUUGGAGAGGCCAUUUUCUUUGGAUUUUGAAGGCUACAGAUCACGGAUUCGGCAUGACACUAUUCUUCAACGAUGACUAAGUCCAUUAAGUACCGAUUUGGGCGGAUUUAUUCCGGGUCAAUUUUUGCCAGAUUGCAAAAGGGUACCUUCACCGAUUUUGGGCGAUUUUUCCGAAAUGCCAUUUUCUUUCGAUUCUGGAGGCUACAGAUUACGAAAUCAGGCCGAGGCUACUCUCCACCGAUAAUGAAGUCUAUUGAUCCUAUUCUCCAUGGAUGAUAAGUCCAUUAAACACCGAUUCGGGCCAAAUAUUUUUUGGAUGGCAUUUUCGUAAUUUUGUGGCGGUCGAGAGGCCAUUUUCUUUGGAUUUUGAAGGCUACAGAUCACGGAUUCGGCCUGACACUAUUCUUCAACGAUGACUAAGUCCAUUAAGCACCAAUUUGGGCGGAUUUAUUCCGGGUCAAUUUUUGGCAGAUUGCAAAGGGGUGCCAUCACCGAUUUUGGGCGAUUUUUCCGAAAUGUCAUUUUCUUUCGAUUCUGGAGGCUACAGAUCACGAAAUCAAUCCGAGCCUAUUCUCCACCGAUAAUGAUGUCUAUUGAUCCUAUUCUCCACGGAUGAUAAGUCCAUUAAACACCGAUUUGGGACAAUUUAUUUUCAUAUGGCAUUUUCAUAAUUUUGUGGGCGUCGAGAGGCCAUUUUCUUUGGAUUUUGAACGCUACAGAUCACGGAUUCGGCCUGAGACUAUUCUUCAACGAUGACUAAGUCCAUUAAGCACCGAUUUGGGCGGAUUUAUUCCGGGUCAAUUUUUGGCAGAUUGCAAAGGGGUACCAUCACCUAUUUUGGGCGAGUUUUCCGAAAUGCCAUUUUCUUUCGAUUCUGGAGGCUACAGAUCACGAAAUCUGGCCGAGGCUAUUCUCCACCGAUAAUGAAGUCUAUUGAUCCUAUUCUCCACGGAUGAUAAGUCCAUUAAACACUGAUUUGGGCCAAUUUAUUUUCGGAUGGCAUUUUCGUAAUUUUGUGGGCGUCGAGAGGCACUUUUAUUUGGAUUUUGAAGGCUACAGAUCACAGAUUCGGCCUGAGACUAUUCUUCAACGAUGACUAAGUCCAUUAAGCACCGAUUUGGGCGGAUUUCUUCCGGGUCAAUUUUUGGCAGAUUGCAAAGGGGUACCAUCACCGAUUUUGGGCGAUUUUUCCGAAAUGCCAUUUUCUUUCGAUUCUGGAGGUUACAGAUCACGAAAUCAGGCCGAGGCUAUUCUCCACCGAUAAUGAAGUCUAUUGAUCCUAUUCUCCACGGAUGAUAAGUCCAUUAAACACCGAUUUGGGCCAAUUUAUUUUCGGAUGGCAUUUUCGUAAUUUUGUGGGCGUCGAGAGGCCAUUUUCUUUGGAUUUUGAAGGCUACGGAUCACGGAUUCGGCCUGACAAUAUUCUUCAACGAUGACUAAGUCCAUUAAGCACCGAUUUGGGCGGAUUUAUUCCGGGUCAAUUUUUGGCAGAUUGCAAAGGGGUACCAUCACCGAUUUUGGGCGAUUUUUCCGAAAUGCCAUUUUCUUUCGAUUCUGGAGGUUACAGAUCACGAAAUCAGGCCGAGGCUAUUCUCCACCGAUAAUGAAGUCUAUUGAUCCUA